AUGUUUAUGAAUCGCCCUGACGGCGCGUUGAUUGCAUGGUGCCGCGGAGAAAGUUUAACUGAGGGCACUGAGGUUAGUCAGGUGGAGGAGGUACUGGGCACCAUUCGGGUGUUAGGCCGCGUGAGAGUCCGUGGACAAAUGUUUAAUACAGUACUAGAUAGUCUUGUUGUACUAUGCGAGUGCCGCAAGACGAUUGAUGUAGGACAGGUCCCCACUGAAGUGCUACCAGUGGAGGGCGCUGCCCCUUGGAGCAUAAUUGUGGCAGGUAGAGCUACCACUGCUCCCACAGAAGUCGCAGAGGGGACUGUUACUGAGCCACUUAUGUCUGAAAGUGUAAAUUUGACUCAGCAGGAUGCCCAGGCUGCCAAUACUACUGAAGCCAUACUCCAGGCUUUGGAGAAGGUGUUGCUGAAAGGGGCAAAACCGGAUAAUGGAAAUAAUUAUUACCGCAGAUUGCGGGUAUUUUCAGGAACUGUACCCACUCCGGCAGGAGAGGAAGACUUUGAUGGCUGGAGGGAUCAAGCACUGAUGAUGAUUCGAGAAUGUGACUGCACUGACCGUGAGAAGCGGAAGCGGAUUGCAGAGAGUGUGAAGUGCCCUGCCUUGGACAUUCUCCAAGCAGUGCAGGAGGCUAAUCCAACUACUGGCCCCUUGGACUAUGUCAACGCCCUUGAAACCACAUUUGGAUGUCCUGAUUCAAGUGAAGACCUGUUUUUCAAGUUUCAUGCCACUCAGCAACAGCCCACUGAGAAGCUGUCUGAAUCCCUGAGAUGCUUGGAGCCCAUGCUGAAGCUGACAGUAAGGAAGGGAGGUAUUGAACCAGCACAGAUCAACCGCGCUCACCUUGACCAAAUCAUUCGUGGUGCAGCUCGGUCAGAACUCAUGCUUCUGCGCCUGAGGCUGCGGGAGCGCAAGAAUGACCCCCCCUCAUUUCUGACGCUGCUGAAGGAAAUUCGUGAGGAAGAGGAGCAGGAAGCUACUCGAGAGACACUGAACGCUCACAGUAACCUUGCGUAUACCUCUGCAAACCCCCAAUGCAAGUCACCCUGA